CUCUAAUAUGCAAAAUAAAAUUCAUUGAGAGUUGAUUGCUCACAAUGGAAUGCACAGCCCAUGUCCUACCAAAUGACAUCCUGCUCAAGAUAUUAGACACCAGACUCACAAUCAAUGACAUAUGCAACUGCUCUUUGGUGUGUCGAAAAUGGAGCUAUCUUGUAAGCAAAGGACUUCAUUGGAAAAAGUGGACAAAGAAUUCACUGAAAACAAAAAGAAUCACUGAGCACAAGUUCAAAGUACUUGAGACUAUCGCUCAUCAGACCUCCUGGAAAACUGCCUACCUCUCCCACCACGCUCUCUAUACCUAUAAACACCCCCAGUUCUGGAAUGAUGUAGCCCUUUUUGAAUGCUAUCAACACCGCCGUCAUGACGAUCGCACCAAGCACCCCUUACUGACCCAGUUCAACACAGCACCAUGCAACAGUGCCCUCUGGAUUAUAUUGCAGUUGCAGCUGACUAAUUCUGGAGUAGUUCCUAAAGUGAUUAAAGACAAAGCACCUGAAAAGUCCUUGAGAUGCGGACUACUGGUUCUCAAUAGGCACCUGGGAACAAAAUUACUUCUUCACAAACUAAGAGAGAUAGCUGCUGUUCCCUCUCAAAUGUUCUUUAUGAGCGACACAGUACACGUCUCCACACUCCUUCUGCUACAAGUCAUCUCUGGUAGUGUCUGCAUAGAGAAGGUGAAGCCAGCAUGGCCCAAGCAAACCUCACUUCUCUUUGACUGGAAGCAGCACGUUGUUGUCCCUAUUCAAGCCACAAUAAUAAAAGCACUAGAAUUGUGGGCAGAGGUGGCAUGUGGUAGGGAGGUACUGGUUGCAUUGGGUGGGACGUGGCUCACAGAAUGGCUGCACAAGAUUGGAUCAGAGCAAUUAUGGGCAGACAAGCAACUCUAUCAGAGUGCCAACAGACUGUGUGUAACCAUAUGGCAGCAUACACACCAACUACUCCCAUCACAUAUUCUCCCACAAUCCGUCGCAAAAGGAUUCUUUGAUAAGAAGGUUUCUGUCAAGGAAUUGGCAAUUAGGUUGGCAUCAGAGAGCUACCAGCAGUUUCUAUGUAUCCCCGAGGCAGAUCUAAUGUGCUAUCUACUCCGGUCCAGUCACCAAUGGACGUGCUGUAACAUACUCUGGUUUGAGAUUAGGUACGGAGAGAAACUGACAGAGCCCAUCAUGAACCUAUGCUCCAAUUCUCAUAGCAAAAAGAAAAAGGUUGCAUUGAUUGAGAGGGUGAUAGAAGUAUCCUCUCAUCUUAAGACUCUGAGGGACUUCAGAACACUCAAGACUCUUGUGACAGUAGUGAGAGCAAUAGUAGGUCAAACCAACAUCACUGGAAUCAACUGGAAGGACAUAACCAUUAAACACUGCAAGCUGUUUGAAGAACUGGAUGAUAUAUUUGAUCAAAAAACCCACUACAACAACUACCAUAGAUGCAUUCAAGAGCUCCUCCACAGAGAUCUGUCCUACGUACCGUAUCUACCAGCUCACAAACAUCAUCCUAAGCUAUUCCAGGAGGGCCUCUCAACACUGUCCAAGACUUUCUCUGAGAUAUUGGAGUGGGUCACUAAAGAAGGACCUAUUAUAGGGAAGAAUGGAGACAGUUUGCAGAGCAGUGACAUGCCAUUACACCAUCUAUCAAGUAGCUUCAGAAUAGAUGAAGUAUUAGCUGGAGAACAUGUACUGCAGUACUUACGUACUUACGACAUUGAGGUUAUUAAAUUGAUGUGCUGA